GACUGUCCCUCUGUCACACACACCCACACACACACACACAUACACACACUUGGACAAGCUUCUCUUAAACACACAUCAGUCUGCUUUCUAUAAAAACAUCCUCACUGUCAGUCGUCAACCAUUCGUUCAACAUGCACAGCAAAGAGCAGAUCAGGUAAGAAAGCAUCUUUACUGCAUCUCUAUUUUCUGAGUAUUUCUUAAACAUGUACAUGCAUUGUUGGGAACAUCAACAACUGAAUCUAAAAUGCAAGACUUUUGGAUUCUUUCGGAUCAGCUGGUUGAACAUCUGACUCUGAGAUAUGUUCUCUUUUAUAGUGAAGUUAAUAUUUAUGAACUUUACUGUAUGUCUGCAGUUUUGUGUCUUUGCUGCUGUCUUGUUCUGAUCUUCCUUUAAAAAGAGAGAGAUUUUUAACCUUAUUUGGACUGACCUGGUUAGAUGAAAGGUCAGAGAAAUUUAUCAAGUAGAAAUUUUUUUUAGUCUCCCAGUCGUAUACAAAAAUCACCAUCUUGUAAUCAUUGUCUGAUUUCUACAAAAAAUGUAUAGUCAUCUUUAUACAAUAUUAAAACUUGAUUAUAAUGUGAGUGUAAAGGGGCCAAAGGGAAAUCUGUCAAAUUGAAAAUUGCCUAAAUGUUCAAUAAGGGUGAGAUAUUUGAUAGAGGACAGGUUUCCACCAAUGCUUAGGUUGACUGAUGUAGUUUUAGGUGGAGAAAAGUGGAAAUAAAUCUUAGAUUGUGCAAAGACUUUAUAAAGAACAUGAUUGUGCUUCUCUUUGUGCUAAAUAAACUGUAUUUAAUAAUGUUCAAGAAAACCUCAGAUCUAGUGCAGAGGUUGAAAAAGUUAAUCUCAGCUACAUUAUUUGGAGGUGCUGCAUAAGAUCAACCCAAGAACUAACCAAUCAAGAGCAGUUUGGCUCUUUAGAUAGCUGUGCUCAUGAGUCAGCCCAUCACUAAUGGCGUUACUAUAAACUAAAAUAACUGACAUUAACGAUUAAUUGAUUUUAUUGGAAUGAACACGAGGGUCACAUUUUUUCCAAUAAUUAAGUUUCAUAAUGAAUUUCCUUAUCCAGAUGAUUAAGUCUUAUGUGAUUUUGUAACUCGGUAAUUAAAGAAAUGAAAAAAAAAAAAACAACACAAUGCAGCUCCACAAAGAACUCAUUUCAGUGUCCACUUGGGGCUGGUUCCAAAACCAAAGAGUCCAAUCAUAUGUACAAUUAUAUGAAAGGAUUGAACAUGUUUACAAGCUGCUUCAAAUAACAGUUUUGAUGACUUUGUCUCUUAUUUAACAGACAGCUAUGGGAGAUUUGUUUGUAUAUCUCAAUCUGUAAGAAUAUAUGAAGGCUGAUAGUUUCUUGAUUAUAAAAUAACUAGCUGGCAAAUAGCAAGCUUUUAAAUCUAGGGCAUAAAUGCAACACUCUAAAAAGUUCAUAAUUAUUUGUCUUGUAUGGUCAUUAAUAUAUGUGUUAUUUAUGUGUUUUGUGCAAAGAGGUUCGUUUAUAUAUGGGGAUGUGGCUUAUUUAACUAAACAGCUGCAUACAGAGGUUGGUCGGGAGGCUGGGCUGUAGCCUCAGCGCCGCCUCUUUUCGAAGUUUUAGAUCCGCCAAGGGUUAAUUAGAGUUAGCAUUUCUAAUUUGGUGGACACCAUCUUUACACCUCAGAACAGGUGACGAUACUGAGACUACAUCCAUGUUUAAAAAAUUAAUAAAUUUGUGUGUGUCCAAGAGGUGGAAAAUCAGUUCUCUCUACAUUAAAAAACAGAAGAAAAAAAGCAAUUGCCUCUUUGUCUUUUGGUGAAUGUAGCAUCAAUGGGUAUCAUUGUGUACACCUGAUUUAAACUAGCUUGCAGAAAACUGCUUGAAACCACCAUAAAAAUCUAAUACUCAUAAAAAAGGAGAUAUGAGGACAAGCUGAACUGGUCUUAAAUUAACCAGAGGACGUCAUGAACCUGGGGCCUGUUCUACGAAGCAGGAUUACUGCUUAGCGAGGUAACUUCGAGGGUAAGUUUGGGGUUUCCUGUUCUAUGACGCGGGUUCACUUCUUAGCGAGGCGAGUCAACAUGGCAACGUACGCUGAACGGCUAACCUGCUCCGGGGCAGGUUACGUUUCAGAUUGAACUCACCGAGUAUAAAAACCCCGCCCACUGACCAAUGAGCUCUCUCGAAAAAUGGCUUGUCUGUUCUUGGAGGAUCCUAUAGACCUCGGUGCUCACAUUGUCCGAGGAGCACUCCGGCGCGGGAGAGUUUUCAAGAACCGCAUGGACCCACUUACUUCUCCGGAUGACCACCUUUAUGAAAGGCUCAUAUGGCCGACAUAUCACACAAAAAUGUAAACACGAUAGGAAUGAACAAAUGAAUGGAUUAAUCUUGGAAAUGAAUGAGCAUGGGCUCCAUGGGCUGUGUGAUCACAGACAACAUUUAGUAGCAGCGCACGCCCCUUGUAAUAAUAACCCCCGUAAAAACUGUUGUUCAGGACUGCUUACUUGUGCUUCCUACCUACUGUAAUAGCCGUUGUUUGAGCCCACAUGCAACAUUUUUGUUCUCAUUCAUGAAAUGCUUAAAUCGCGGACAUUUUCGGGGACAGCUUUAGCCGGGGACAGAUCAUCCAAUUCGGGGACUGUCCCUGGAAAUCGGAGACGUCUGGUCACCUUAGUUAAAAGCGCAUGUUGAACAGUGCUAUUUCAGGGUGAUAAUAGCAUCAAAGAUUAAUUUUCUGCCAGGAUUCCUUCCGUGCUUUUGCAGCGGCGAUGGUAUCGCUUUUGAUAUUUAUGAUAGAUCUGAAUUCUUCAUACUUUCUCAUGAUUGUCUCCUGUUCCUCGUUUUUAAAGUAUGCGGUCUUUUGCUCUCCUGCCUGCUCUGACGCUCUAGACUGGUCCAUGUUCGCGAUUGGUCAGAUGCGGCGGGCUCCGCCUUACAUGUGUGCACGCGCUCAUAGCAAAGCUGGAUCUACUUACGAAGUUGAUAACCAGCGUCGUAAGACCGUUUAGCGAGACUGCUGGCUACCGCGCUAAGUUGAGCAAGGUAGCUCCAAGGCUAGCUUGCUAGGUUGAACUUGCUUCGUAGAACAGGCCCCUGGGUAAACCCAAGUCCUGCAGCAGCAUUAUUAUAACUGAUGAACAUGCCGCAGCAGAAAAAAAUCAGAUAAUAAAUUGUUCCCUCUGUCUUCUUCUUUUCCUGUCUCCAGUCAUGAUGAAUACCAGAAAACAGCUGAUUGGUUGAUGUCUCAGACGAAGCACCGCCCCCAGGUGGCGAUUAUCUGUGGGUCUGGACUGGGCAUGCUCGCUGACACACUCAAGUGUCAGGACAUCUUUGAGUAUUCUGAUAUACCAGGGUUUCCACAGAGCACAGGUAAUCUCUACACAGGUUUAUUUAAAAAUAUACAACCUUGAAAAAUAUGUUUGAGGGAAUAUUUGAUAUUUUAUAGUUAGCCGAUUGCAUAGGCUGAUCACUGUGUAAAUCAUUGAUCUUGCAGUGCAGGGUCAUGCAGGUCGACUUGUUUUCGGGGAGCUGAAGGGGAAGACAUGUGUUUGCAUGCAGGGACGCUUCCACAUGUAUGAAGGGCACUCACUUCUCAAGGUACAAAUACACACUUUUCAAUGUACAAAUACAUACUUCUUAAGGUACAAAUACACAAUUAAAGUUAAAAAUGUCUUUCAGCAGUGUGAUUUAUGUUCAUGAAACAGUCCAGUCCUGUCAAAGGAAAUGAGAAACAAAGCUCAAAAUUCACUGUUUACUGUGAUUUGUCAGUUAUGUAAGACUGCAGCUGAAAGAAUUAACUCACCCUAACAGGCUGUGAAAUGUCCUUGGAUAUGCGACACGAAAGAGUUGCUUGUUUAAGCUAAGAGGAAAAGAUGUUGGGUCUUUAAUUUACAAAACCCUGUCCACUAAAAUGAUGGGUUUCUGAUUUUACGUGCUGCAAAAUAAAAGAAAAAACAGUUCGUAAAUGAAGAAGUGUUAUAAAUACUGGGAGGAGGAUUUGUUAUUGGUGGAGUUAGGACCACAAGAAGCAGAAAUGGAGCUAAAGUGGACAUGGAGUAAGCUGCAGGGCGUUAAGUGUCCACCUGAGGCUGCCCCUAAAAGUCAAAGAAUCCCCAUCAAUCAAGCCCUAUAUUAAAUGCUCAUUUUUACAGUGGACUUGAACUCUCAUUUCUUUAUCAGUAACAAGUGUAAAAGUGUUUAACUUGGGUGAUUAUGGGCACUGCUGAGCUGACAAACACAUGGGCCCAUUUAACCCAUUUGCUAAGAGGCUGAAGGCCCACUGCAGCUCCACCUUUUUUUUUUCCUUUUAGGCUCAUUAUAGGGUCAGUUGAGUCAGUAUUGUUGAUGAGUGAUAUGCACAUAUAAACACUUUUUAGUCAGCACCAGAUUUACCAGACUUGACAAAUUAUCAGUUAUUUUUAGUAUCUUCAGCCAUUGUCAUUUACAUGUUGACUCUAUGAUCCUAUGAUUAAAUGUCAUAUAAAAAAAACUAUAAUCAAUAUUGACUUCAUAUUCAGUCCUUUAAGCUAAUCGUUUGGUCAAAAUGUUUAAUAUUUUCUUUUAUUUAUUUUUUUAUUUUGGCUUUAAACAAAAACACAUUUGUCAUAGGCUAAUAGCACUCCCACCAACAGCUGUCUAAACCCGAAACAGCUUAGUCACACAACCCAAACACAUAUGGCUGUUUGUAAUCAGCAGCAUGUGAGUGAACCUGUAACACAACCCGUGAGAGCUACAUGAUUGUGUGUGUGUUCAUGUAUGUGCUUGUUCAUGUAUGCAUGCAUGCGUGUGUCAGCAGUGAACCCAGAUCAGGUCAUGCAUUUGUCACAUGCAGCCUUUUAGCAGACUGUUCAAUGCUGCUAUUGUUUUCCCUUCUCUGUCUCGCACGCACGCACGCACACACACACACACACACACACAUUUUUUGUGACAAUGCUCAUCUUUGCUCCUUAACAGUAAAACUACUAAACUGGCACUAUUAUUUGAGUCUUAAUUCUGAUAUGAUGUUCAGGUUUUGCACACAGUUCCACCUGUAAGGCUGUACACAGGGCAAAAAAAACCCACAAGGACAUUACAUAAGGGUCAUCUGACUCUGCCUGAAAGUUUUACCAAGAGGGCAAAAAUGUCAGACGUCCAGUAUCACAUUAGCGCUGCUGCCACAGCAACAGGGCCAUGUCUUAAAUGUGGGGUAGGCAGGAAUCUGUUAAGAAGCAUCUUUUUUUGUGGUGUAUAUACAAAAAAGCUUUUGAUAUCAGUCAAUAGAUAUUAGUUAUUGAUGAUCUUUGGGAAUAUCACGAUAUAGCUGUAUUUUGUUAUGUUUGUUAUUGAUUGGUUGUGAGGCAGAUGCUGCUCCCCCGUGUCGUUCAGGAGCCCAAACAAAAUUAUUGUGCUAUAACAUCAGACAGUAGAAACCAACCAGAAAGUACAGAAUUUGUCUGAAUCCUCCUUUAGCCACGACCACCAACACAAGCAAGAAAACAAACUAAAUACCGGAGACUCUGGCAGAAUAACAGGCGCUUAAAAUGGAGGUAGACCGGACAAGAGCUAAGAAGCCGGGUCAACAAUGAUGGGGGACAUUUCGGGAUCUUACAAACCCUGUAAUCUUUCUGCGGAACAGGUAAACCGCUUUAACAAAGUAAGCCAAGUAAUCCAGAAGUGUUUCUUGUCAAACGAGACCUGCUGUAUGUUGUAGUGCCGCUAAACUGUUUACCUCGGGAGUAUGUCAUUUUAUGCUAGUUGUAGAAGUCCUGCAAACAUUGGGCUCUAUUUUCGUGCCUCGCCGGAGACGUGCCGCAAGCGCAGCGUCAGUCAGAUCCACCGCGCUGACAAGGCGUUCCCAAGCACAUUUUGGUAUUUUGGUGAGCCGCGCAGCCCGGCGUAAGUAUCCCCCCUCCCUAACUCAGCUCCUCCCAGCAGCAUAAGUCGUAGACGGGGAGGAGAGAGGGCGUGGAGUGGGUUUAACACAGCCGAGACCUGUUUUCACCAAUCACAUAAGCUCCUCUCCUUGCCUUUAAAUCCGCCACAGGUGAGGCAUAUUACUAUUUUCAUGAAGUAGUCAAAGAGAUCAGGAGAUGUCUUAAGACAGUAAUGCCACAAGAUGGCGACAGAGGGCAGCUCCUCAACAAGUGUCCUCCACACUCUCUCAUAUGAGCACAGAUGGAUUUGGUGUGUGUAAUGUUGGACCCACUGGUAAGACAAACACCCUUUUCCACAAACAAAGACACUCACAUAAAGUUGCAUAUAUUCAAACCUCACGUGACAAAGGUGGGUUGAGCGCACAGAUCACAACAUAAACUCCAAAAAUGGCAUUAAAAUUGGAACCAUCUGUGCGUAAAUGACACAUCGCGCUCCGUGGCCUGGCUCUUUCUUUUAUAGAUGUUGGCAUAUAAAAUAAAUUUGGCUCACAAAACUGAAUAGCAGGACGGAGAGAGGACACGGAGACAUGUCCAGGUCGAGCUGUGCGAGAAAUAAGAGGAAGAGGAAGAAAGAAAAGGAGGGAGACGAAUUACAUAUCUUGUUAACUUCAUCAUGUGUGUUUAUUUACCAGAUAUUUAAUUUAAUUUAAUGCGGUUUCAGCUGUGUUAAUUCGGUCAGGUUGUGUGGCCAAACGCGUGCCAAACGCGCUCAUCAGAUCACAUUUAGAUCAGAAUAUAUCUAUAUAGAUCUAAAUGUAUGUGCUGACUCAGAUUAUUAGUUGUUGAUGAUUAUUUAUUGCACUGAAAUGUGCCUGACACUGUGGAAACCUGCCGGUGAGGCAUCAGUGACGUAUGUCGAUACGCCGCCGGUCUACCAAAAUACUACUAGGCCAGCUGCGCUCUGCCAUGCGCUGAAAGCUGACCAGGUUUGAAUCAGCGAGCUUUCAGCGCACUUUACACGCCGGUGGCGAGCACGAAAAUGUCACUGCGCCUGCUGAUUCUGUCGACACCUCCCCCUGCCACGCCACCACGCCCAGCUUGGCGGAUCUCGGCUCGCCUCCGUGCGGCUCAGUCCACGAAAAUACCAAACUGGCCUUACGCCGGGCUCCGCCAGACGAAAAUACAACUGUGCGGGGCUCGCCGCCCUCCGCCGCCUCACCGGCGUGCACGAAAAUAGAGCCCAUUGUGUUUGCUGGUAAUCUGUUGGCAUCCACAGUAGCACCAAUGCUUUUUACUUUCAUGUCAACUGGGCUCCGUUUGUAAUUAUCUGAAGUACAGUACAGGCCAAAAGUUUGGACACACCUUCUCAUUCAGUGUCUUUUCUUUAUUUUUUUAUAUGACUAUUUACAUUGUAGAUUAUUACUGAAGGCAUUAAAACUAUGAAUGAACACAUGUAGAAUUUUGUACUCAUAAAAAAAGUGUGAAAUAACCAAAAACAUGUUUUAUAUUCUAGUUUCUUUAAAAUAGCCAAGCUUUGCUCUUGAUGACAGAAGUACCUUGUCAGGGUUACUUCAGGCACUCCUGUGAAGUAAAAACCAUUUCAGGUGACUACCUCAUGAAGCUCAUUGAGAGAACAGCUAAAGUUUGCAGCGCUAUCAAAAAAGCAAAGGGUGGCUACUUUGAGAAAUCUAAAAUAUAAAACAUGUUUUCAGUUAUUUCACACUUUUUUCUUAAGCACAUGAUUCCACAUGUGUUCAUUCAUAGUUUUGAGAAUCUACAAUUUAAAUAGUAAUGAAAACAAAGAAAAUGCAUUGAAUGAGAAGGUGUGUCCAAACUUUUGGCCUGUACUGUAUUUACCUGCAUUAUAUCUGAAUUUAAUGUGAACGAUAAGAGCGAGCAGGAGCGUCUGUUUGUGGGCAGGGCUUGCUGGAGCAGAGAGGGAGGGGAGAGGAGGAGCUGAGGGGAAAACUGGUUGGGAGGGGUAGAGUUUACAUUCAAGAUUUCUCCCAAAAACUGGCACUUCCUCAGAUCCUGCCAACCCCGCCUUUAAGGAUUGGCCUGGGGUGGCAUAGACCCCCAUGACUUGUGGAUGGUCCCUACAGAAAGCACAAACUAUGGCCAGCUACUUGUCUUGUUAGAGGAAGGGCCUCAAAGUAAAGUAAAAUCAACAGUUUGGACUUUUUUAAAACUUUUGACUACUGUAUAUAUGAAGAUAGUCACUGCACCAGCUUCUUAUUACACUGUAAAAAAGUGAAACCAAAACGCUCAUGACACACGUUUAACUAAAAAGAGAGGCAAAAAUCCCUAACAGUAUCACAUAAUAAUCUUAAUUGUGACUUUAUGCAUGCAUCUUGUUUUACAGUUAUCAAACAACUCAGCCCAUAAUAGUGUUGCUGCUGUUUUUAUUUUUUUUUGCACAGACUAUAACCACAGAUUUAAGAUCUUUAUGAUGCUGAAAAGACAUUACCAUAAUGACCCUGAGAUAGGAUUAGUACAACUGAAAGUUUUAGGAUUGCCAAUAUUUGUUAAAGCAGUGGACGAUGUUUCUUAAUAUGAAAACUUAUCCACCUGUCUGUUCAAUAGACAACAUUCCCGGUUCGAGUCUUUAAGCUGUUGGGGGUGGAGACUCUGAUUGUGACAAAUGCUGCCGGUUCACUGGCUGACGGCCUGAAACCUGGUGACAUCAUGAUCAUCAAAGACCACGUCAACUUCCCAGGAUUGGUUGGUCUGAACCCACUAAGUGGACCCAACGAUGACAAGUAACACCGAUUUCUAUACUUAUAUUAGUUGUUGCUUGUUUUAUAUUUUUGUUUAUCUUUAUGUUGUUUGCCUCAUUAAAUAUGAAGAUUGUUUAACUGCCAUAGUUUUGUUUCAGUAAUUGAAUGUGUUUAUUAUCUUAUCCUCCAGGUUUGGUCCUCGUUUCCCAGCCAUGUCAGGUUGUUACGAUAAGGGCCUGAGAUGCCAAGCUAUGGAAAUUGCCAAAGAACUUGGCGUUUCUGGCCUCAUGCAGGAGGGCGUGUACGCCAUGGUUGGUGGGCCAAAUUUUGAAUCAAUUGCAGAGGCCCAACUGCUGCAUCGACUGGGAGUGGAUGCUGUCGGUAAGACAAACUUGUUUAACGGUUUUGUCAGAUUGUGCAUUCAUAACUUUGUAACUUAGUUAAAUGAUGCUUAACUUGAGGUCUAUGUUCAACUUGAACAGGUGAGUUUAAAUAAAUUGACACCCCUGUUGUCAGUGUGGUCCAAAAAAUUAGCUGCAAGGACCAAAAUCUGUUCAUUGUAACAGUUUUCAAUAGUGUAAGCAUUUUAAUGUUGUGGUCAGAGAGGAAUGACUCACUUUUGGGGCAGCCCUCUGGUGGCCAUUGGAGGUACUGCAGGCUGGCCUUAUCUUUCAGCUCAUCUACUUCCUGUUGUGUGUUUACAGGUAUGAGCACUGCUCCUGAAGUUGUGGUGGCGACUCACUGCGGUCUGAGAGUCUUUGGCCUCUCUCUGAUCACCAAUAAGGUAAACACAUUGAUCACCAGCUCGAUUGAUUGAUGAUUUAAAGAUCACUUGUUUGAUUCGUGGUUUGGUGUAUUGAUUGGCAGGUGGUGAAGAGUUACGAGGACUCGGACAGCGUGAACCACGAGGGCGUCCUGGAGGUCGGUCGCCUGCGCUCUUCAACCGUCCAGCAGCUGGUGACAGAGCUGAUUGGCAAGAUGGAGAUCAAUAACAACAACAUGAUACCUAAUGCUGUUUAAACACACACAGACACACUCUGUAUAUAACUGACUGUUGUAUUUACAGCGUUUUUUAAAGACUUUUUCAGAAAAUUAUGAUUAAUCCUCCUUUGUUGCUCUGUAACAUCGCUGUACCAAAAUCUGUAUUUAUUCUAAAAAGUUGCUUCAUAUUUUUCCAUCAGGGUAAAUCUGAAUGUAAGUAUUUGUUGUGAUAUUUUCCCUCAGUUUUACAGAUUAAUAUAAUAUGACCACUGUAUUUGAUGGUGCUUUAAUAUAAAAAUACAUGAGACAGAGACUUUUAUUUGAGAUCGCUCUCUUGUACAUUGUUUCUCUUUGAUAAUGGGAUUUUAUUUUGUCAAAAGUUCCACCUAAUAUCUUCUUAUCUAAUUAAACCUUGUGACAAUCCUCCUGUGAGCUAAACCUGACUGAUAUUUUUGUCUUUAUAUCGUCCUUCUGAUAUCUUUUUAGCAGCUUUACAUGAUUUAUACUUAAACAAAUUUACGUUUCAGACUGCUGUCUUUGAAAACCUUCAUUCAAGGUGACUGUCUUUUUACAGCCCUCCCAGCAUUCUAGAAGCCUCCUUCAUUGCUGCCAUGCAACAAAGUUCUAUUGUGUUUUCAUAAAAUGGUGAACUUGCCCUUUUAAGGAGGUUUGCUGUCUGAUGAUGUCACCAAUUGAGCAAACCUUAUGUUGACCUUGUUGAAUUCUCGUGUGAUUUUUUGGAUGAGCCAUAUAAACCUUGUAAUCUGAAACUUAGCUCAUAUUUAUUACAGAUGUUCAACUUUUAACUUAUUUAUUUCGAAAUAUGACAAAAAUUUAAUAAAACCUCUUUAACUAUUAAA